AUGAACCACUCACGAUCACAACACAAGCAUGGCGGCCUGGCUGCGGCCUCAAAAUUUCUCCGUAUGGCAAGAACUGGCGCUGCAGAGAAUUCGAAUGCAGGUCUACUUGUGCCUCAUCGCUUCAGCAGCCGCGAACACGCAAUGCAUACUGCAGCCCAUGGGCCUUGGUGGUAUCCGUUUUCCAGUGUGACGAACAAGAAUUCAAAAGCAUUUUAA